GCUUGAUAUGUUAGUGACAUAUAAAUAUUUACAUCAAUUGUAGCGGAAGAAUAAAAAUACUUUAAAUAUGAAUAACAUCACCCUUCCGAAUGAAAUUUCUCCAGAUAAUACUACAUUGGAUGAAACAAGUUUGUUAGUAAUUAUUUUGGACAGUAAUCCGGGUCAAAAGAUGUUACGAGAAAGCCCACAUGUCUUGACUCAUUGUGUAGAUUCUAUAAUAGCUUUUGCUAAUUCACAUUUGAUGCAAAAAGCUCAAAAUAAAUUGGCGAUUAUGGCAUGCCAUUCAAAGACAAGUCAGUUCAUCUAUCCAAACCAGGGGAAAAAUACAGAUGUUCGGCAAGUGGAUGGGCAGUAUGAAAUAUUUACAGCAGUGGAAAAAAUAACGAAAAAGAAUCUGGCGAAGUUGUUAACUUCAGAAAACUCAACUGUUAUUACAGAAUCUUUAUUAGCAGGAGCUAUUGCAAUGGCUCUAUGCUAUAUUGCAAGACUUCAAAGGACCAAACCUCCUGGAGCAAAGUUGAAUUGUAGGAUAUUAGUUGUCACAGGAAGUAGUUGUUCGGCUUCUCAGUACAUGAAUUAUAUGAAUGUAUUUUUUACUGCUCAAAAACAAAAUGUUGUGAUAGACGUUUGUGCUCUAGAACAACAUUUAAGUCUCUUACAACAAGGAUGUGAUAUAACUAAUGGAAUGUAUCUUAAAGUGCCACAAUUACAAGGACUAUUACAGUAUUUAUUAUGGGUGUUUUUACCUGAACCACCGAUUAGGGAAAAACUAGUGUUACCCCCAUCCCUUAAAGUCGACUACAGAGCCGCUUGUUUUUGUCACAGACAAUUAAUAGAUAUUGGACAUGUUUGUUCAGUAUGUCUUUCAAUUUUCUGCAAAUUUAGUCCCAUAUGUACAACUUGUCAUACCGUUUUCAAGAUGCCUGCUCUACCAGCAGUAAAACAAAAGAAAAAAAAGAAAUUGUGAAGUUGUGAUUGUAUAAAUAAAUUUGCAUGAUUUCAAA